CGGACCCACGUGCGGCGCUGGGCGAGAUGUGGCCGCUCCGGCUGGGCACGACCCUGCAGCGCUGGGGGUCCCGGCUGGGCACGGGCACCCUGCGGGCACAGCACGGAGCCGCCGCCACCGCUGCCCCCGGGCACUGCCCGGGCUGGACGGGCCAGGAGAGCCUGGCCCAGAGCGACCCCGAGCUCUGGAGCCUCCUGCAGAAGGAGAAGGAUCGGCAGUGCCGGGGGCUGGAGCUCAUCGCCUCCGAGAAUUUCUGCAGCCGGGCAGCUCUGGAGGCCCUGGGCUCCUGCCUGAACAACAAAUACUCAGAGGGCUAUCCUGGGAAGAGGUACUACGGGGGUGCCGAGGUGGUGGACCAGAUCGAGCUGCUGUGCGAGCAGAGGGCUCUGGAGGCGUUUGACCUGGACCCUGCACGCUGGGGUGUCAAUGUCCAGCCCUACUCGGGCUCCCCGGCCAACCUGGCGGCCUACACGGCCCUGCUGCAGCCCCACGAGCGCCUGAUGGGGCUGGACCUGCCCGACGGGGGACACCUCACCCACGGUUACAUGACGGACACCAAGCGGAUCUCGGCCACCUCCAUCUUCUUCGAGUCCAUGCCCUACAAGCUGGAUCCCGCCACAGGCCUCAUUGACUACGCCCAGCUGGAGGUGACGGCGCGUCUGUUCCGUCCCCGCCUGAUCAUCGCGGGCACCAGCGCCUACGCCCGCCUCAUCGACUACGCCCGCAUCAGGAGGGUGUGUGACGAGGUCAAGGCCUACCUGCUGGCAGACAUGGCCCACAUCAGCGGGCUGGUGGCCGCCAAGGUGAUCCCGUCCCCCUUCGAGCACGCGGACGUCGUCACCAGCACCACGCACAAGACACUGAGGGGGGCCAGGUCAGGGCUGAUCUUCUACCGCAAGGGCGUGCGCUCCGUGGAUAAGAAGACGGGCAAGGAGACGCUCUACGACCUGGAGGACAGGAUCAACUUCUCCGUGUUCCCCUCGCUGCAGGGGGGACCCCACAACCACGCCAUCGCUGCCGUGGCCGUGGCCCUCAAACAGGCCAGCUCCCCGGCCUUCAGGCAGUACUGCCAGCAGGUGCUGAGGAACGCCAAGGCCAUGGCACAGGCACUGCUGCAGAGGGGCUACACCCUGGUGUCAGGGGGCACCGACAACCACCUGGUGCUGGUGGACCUGCGGCCCAAGGGCAUGGACGGGGCGCGGGCAGAGCGGGUGCUGGAGCUCGUGUCCAUCACGGCCAACAAGAACACGUGCCCAGGGGACAGGAGUGCCCUGACCCCCGGGGGGCUGCGCCUGGGUGCCCCUGCCCUGACCUCCCGCCAGUUCCGUGAGGAGGAUUUCCAGAAGGUCGUGGAGUUCAUUGAUGAGGGCAUCGCCCUGGCCUUGGACGUCAAGAGCAAAACCAGUAAGCUCCAGGAUUUCAGGAAUUUCCUGCUGCAGGACGCGGGGACGCAGCAGCGCCUGCAGGAGCUGCGCCAGCGCGUGGAGACCUUCGCCCGUGCCUUCCCCAUGCCCGGCUUCAGCGACCACUGAGGGGGGCACGGCCCUGCUGCCAGCCUGGGGGCGCUGGGGAGGGGGCAGCGAGACCCUCAGAGCCACCCCUGCCUGUCCUUUUCCUCCUCUCGCCACCCUUGGGUGCUGCGUCUUUGUGCGCGCGUCCCGCUCUCAGUAUUGGGGUACAGAGACCCCCCUAGAACCUUCCUGGGCUUGCUGCAGCCUCACCUUGCACUUUUCUAUGGGGAGGGGUCGCUAAUAAAAGUGGGGGCGGAGAUUUGGGAGCUGUGCUGGAUGUUGGGGAGGGGUCCCCCGAGUGCCAGGAGCCACCGGGGUGCUGUUGAGACCCCCAUGCCCGCCCUCAGCGGCCACUGAGGGGGCACAGCCCUGCUGCCAGGUUGGGGGCACUGAGACCCUCAGAGCCGCCCCUGCCUGUCCUCUUGUCCCCCCGUUGUCACCUUUGUGUGCCACGUCCUUGGGCACCCAUCCCACUCUCAGUGUUAGGGUACAGAGACCCCCCCCAAAUCCUGCAUUUGGGUGGGGGGGCGCUGCUUGCUGCAGCCUCAUCUUGCACUUUUCCGUGGGGAGGGGUCGCUAAUAAAAGUGGGGGCGGAGA